GCCGAGUUGUAGGUUUUUCGUACCACAAACAAAAAGAUGUCACUUGUUGGAGGAAUUACAGAAGUAAAGGACUUUGCAAACAGCAUUGUGAUCGACGAUCUCGCUCGAUUCGCCGUCGAUGAAUACAACAAGAAGCAGAAUACCCUGCUGGAAUUUAGGAAGGUACUGAAUGCAAAGGAGCAGAUAGUUGCUGGUACAUUGUAUUAUAUCACACUUGAUGCAGCUAAUGGUGGUAUCAUAAAGACUUAUGAAGCCAAGGUUUGGGUUAAGGAAUGGGAAAACUUCAAAGAAUUGCAAGAGUUCAAGCCUGUUGAUGCUGCCACCCCAGUUAUUGGAGGAAUUACAGAAGUAAAGGACUUUGCAAACAGCCUUGUGAUCGACGAUCUCGCUCGAUUCGCCGUCAAUGAAUAUAGCAAGAAGCAGAAUACCCUGCUGGAAUUUGGGAGGGUACUGAAUGCAAAGGAGCAGAUAGUUGCUGGUACAUUGUAUUAUAUCACACUUGAAGCAACUGAUGGUGGUGUCAAAAAGACUUACGAAGCCAAGGUUUGGGUUAAGGAAUGGGAAAACUUCAAAGAAUUGCUGGAGUUCAAGCCUGUUGAUGCUGCCACCCCAGUCAUUGGAGGAAUUACAGAAGUAAAGGACUUUGCAAACAGCCUUGAGAUCGACGAUCUCGCUCGAUUCGCCGUCGAUGAACACAACAAGAAGCAGAAUACCCUGCUGGAAUUUGGGAAAGUACUGAAUGCAAAGGAGCAGAUAGUUGCUGGGAAAUUGUGUUAUAUUACACUUGAAGCAACUGAUGGUGGUGUCAAAAAGACUUAUGAAGCCAAGGUUUGGGUUAAGCCAUGGGAAAACUUCAAAGAAUUGCAGGAGUUCAAGCCUGUUGAUGCUACCACCCCAGUCAUUGGAGGAAUUACAGAAGUAAAGGACUUUGCAAACAGCCUUGUGAUCGACGAUCUCGCUCGAUUCGCCGUGGAUGAACAAAACAAGAAGCAGAAUACCCUGCUGGAAUUUGGGAAGGUACUGGAUGCAAAGGAGCAGGUAGUUGCUGGUACGUUGUAUUAUAUCACACUUGAAGCAACUUAUGGUGGUGUCAAAAAGACUUGCGAAGCCAAGGUUUGGGUUAAGCCAUGGGAAAACUUCAAAGAAUUGCUGGAGUUCAAGCAAUUGUUGGUGCUGCCACCUCAGCAUAAACUUCCAUCUGGGCAAGAGUCCUAGGAGACCGCUACCAGGGUGUGAACCUUAAUCUUAUAAAUAAUUUCGUUUGGUUAAUAAUAAACGUACGGUUCUUGCAUUACAUUGCAAGUUUAUGCCGCUGCGUAUGUUUGCUUAAAUAAUUCUGUUUGGUUAGUAAUAAACGGUUUUUGCAUUACAUUGCAAGUUUAUGCCGCUAGAUGACAUCUAGUAAAUUCUAUCACGUUAACGCGUGUCUUUGUAAUACAACUUGUUUGGAUCUAUUUAUACUGGUGUCUUUUUAUCUAUAA